UUGAAACACUUUUUCUGUAUGAAGCCCACAGAAAGUUUAGCCGUUGAAGUGAUUUAAUAAUUAAGAAUGGAUCCCAGUACAGCGAUAUUUACUUCGGUGCCAAAUUUAAAGGAUCUGUGCUAUUUCCGCUGUACAGUUUCAAAUUUACAGAUGACACAUGAAAUCAUCACGGAACUUUAUCACUGCCAAAUUAUUUGCUGCAGGGACAUUAUUAGAACGUUUUCGAGAACAUUAGCUUCUCCAGUUCCUAAGAGUGACCACUAUUUUUAUGUGGUCCUUUCGAAGAAAUAUGCUGAAACUAAUCAGCUCCAAGAUUUUUUCAAAUGGAAAAUUAUUCACUACUCGGAUCCUCAAGAGGUCACUUUUGAAAUUUACAAUAUUUGUGCAAAAUACACUAUUAUUUAUAAAUUGUUGCCAGCCUGGAACAGAGUUGGUGAAUAUUUAUGCAAAGGGCUAAAUUAUUCUGAGCUUACAGACGAACUGGACGCAAUCAAGUUUGAUGUAGACAUGAAGGAAGAAGGACUUUUCUUGCGAUUUAAUCCUCUGAGGCUGAAACUUACACCUUUAAGUUUGGGAGAAGUUGGAGUUACUCAGUCGAAUUUUUUGACACUUCAAACUAAUCCAAAAAUUCCGAUUAGUUUUCGACCUCAUAAAGCUUAUAUCUUACCCAGCUUGAAAAAGUGUAAAUUACUAAAAGUUACAAAAGAAAUUCCAAAAACAUGUAAAUUAAAACAAUAUCAUGUGAUUCGAGAUCAUUGGGAGAAUAUGUAUGGAAUCGUGUUGCCAAAAAAGAAAGAAGGCAUCCGCUUCUACGAAAUUUCCUUUGAGGGAUUUGAGGAACGCACAUUCGUUUAUCCUGAUAUUUGCUUAAAUGCAAAAUUGCCAUCAAUUAUUGAGUGUAAUAAUCAGACUGAUAUCACGAAUCAAUUUUUGAAAAACCUGAAAGAGAACGUUCCCAAAAUUUGUGGUGAAAAUAUUUCCUUCGUUUGUCAGAACGUUAAACCCCUGGGGAAUUUUCUCAGGCCGAAGGAGGUGCAAGCUGCGAGAGGAACUAAUGACACUCCUACCAAGUCAUUGAUGCCUAGAAAUUCCAGUUAUUGUGACAGCUUGAAGAGCUGGAAUAGCUUGAAUGUGAUUAGCUAUGAUUCAAAAGCACCAGGAAGCUUUUCGUUCAAAAUGAACAUCAAUUCCCAAACCUUUGAUAACAAUUCGGUAUCCUCGUUUCAAAGCAAACUCGACAAUCAUUCCAAGCUACAAGAUUCUUUAAUCAGUUCGAGAACAGAAUUUGUGAGCAACUGGCUUCUAAAUUCCUGCGCUUCUCCAGCAAGUUCUCAAGGAACUGAAAGUUCGACAGGCUGUAAAGAAUUCGAAAGACCGAGAGACUCGCCUUUAAUAAAAAGAAUGAAAUUUUUUGAUUCUAACAAGGCAAUCAUACGAUCGAUUGAAUAUGCUAAAGUCUCUCUUUCACCUUUCAAAAAAACAAUUAUCAACUGUAAGAAUAUGCAGCCUCCAAAGUAGAAUUUGAUCAAGAAAGAAUGAGAUAAGUAAUGUAAAAAAUGAUGUACCAAACAUAAUUUGAUGCCUCGGUUGUUUUAAAUUUAUGAGGUUUAAUUUUUAUAUUUUAAAUAUUAUUU